GUGUGUGUGUGUGUGUGUGUGUGAGUGAGUGUGGGUGGCUCCAGUACCUGGCCAAGCCCACACCCUCCACCUGGGCCCUAUAUCCCCACCAUGUGUAGCCCUCUCAUCUGCCCUGGAACCUGUACAGCCACACCACGCUGCCCCCGAGACCUCUAGAAAGCUGGUCACUAACUUUGCAGACGGAUGAGCUCUGAGCAGCCAGAGGAGACGGGCUGUCAACGCUGCCCCCUGUCCUGCCAGCUUGGAUCCCCUCACAGGGUCCUCCUAGUCGGGUUGGGGAUGGCAGAAGUGAGGCAGGAAGUCCUAUCCUGGAUGCUUGGAAUUGCUGCUCUCCUUGAUCCUCGGAGCCUGGAACCUUGAGACCAGAAGUGGAUUUUGGGGCUCCCGGACCGGACCGGAACCCUGACCAUGGAACCCUGAAGUGGCUCCGACUUCCCGAGCUCAGUGGCAGACCCCACCACCCCAGGCCCUUCCUGCCCCUCCCACAACCAGCUUUCAGGCUCCCAGAGGGAGGGGUGGGGAGGGGAUCCUGAUCUCUCAGGGCAGGGGACUUCCAUCAUGAUGCUCAACUCAGACAGCAUGGAGCUGGAGCUGCCUCCCACCCACUCGGAGACCGAGUCAGGCUUCAGCGACUGUGGGGGCGGGGCGGGCCCUGACGGGGCUGGGUCUGGGGGGCCAGGCGGGGGCCCCGCCCGGGGCUUGGAGCCAGGAGAGCCUGGCCGGAAGGACCUGCAGCACCUGAGCCGGGAGGAGCGGCGGCGCCGGCGCCGGGCCACGGCCAAGUACCGCACGGCCCACGCCACGCGGGAGCGGAUCCGCGUGGAAGCCUUCAACUUGGCCUUCGCCGAGCUGCGUAAGCUGCUGCCCACGCUGCCCCCGGACAAGAAGCUGUCCAAGAUUGAGAUCCUGCGCCUCGCCAUCUGCUACAUUUCCUACCUGAACCACGUGCUGGACGUCUGAACCAGGCGGUCUCCUGCCCUGGAUUCGCCCCUCCUCCCCGGCCUCGCUGGGGUCCCUUCUCACGCUCACUGCUUAGAACGGCCAUCUCCUCCCCGAGCCCCUGCACGCCGGCAUGGAGUCCCACAGGCCCCAGGCCCAGGCAGAGGGCCCACCGGCGGUGGUGAAGGCGGCUUUCUUUUACAGACCCAGCC